UGCAUCCGGUCGGAACGUUAUAGAUGUGGGACGGGAGCGAUGGAAAGAUGGCGGCUGCUAUGGUACAAAUGUCAUGUUUGUACCGGGGCAUGUUAGCGGUCAGAGCCACCGGCAUCAGGACGCUGAUUCCCGGGCUCAUUCCGGCGCAAUUCCGGGCCUUCUCGGUGCGGAAGGAGCCGGAGCUGGAGGAGAAUCCGUAUUACAACAAAUACCAGGACAAGAUCCAGAAGCUGCGCAGCUCCAAACCACAGGAGUACAAGGUUCGACUAGAGCAGCGUCAUGAGGCCAAGAAGGAAGUGCUCGGACACUCGAAGCAGGCGGAGUUCGUCCGGCUCAUGGAGCAGGAGCUGGAGCAAAGGGACAAGAUGGCUGUUGGUGACGGGACAUCAGGAGGUUUUACAAAGAACAAGGUGAGACAAAAGUUUUUUUUUUUUUAUUAAAGCAAAUCAUUGUAU